AUGAGUUCCUUGAUAGACGCUGAGACUAUUUUAUCUAAAAACGAGCAGUGGAAGAAAUUGGAAGAAGAAUGGGGUAAGCCAGUAGACUUAGAAGUUGACGAAGAAGACGAUUUACCGCGGAUCAAACCAGUUUACAGCACUUUAGACCUUAAAGGUACUACAUUUGAUUCGUCAUUUCUAUUUAAGAAAGUGACCAGGAAAAUCUCAAGGCAAUUAUCAAAGAGGUCCACCACAUCAGCGCUGGAAUACUACGAUUUUAUCAGGCACCUAAAAGAAGAUCCAAACAGAGAAUCAAAUUCAAUAACUGAACAGAUCGACUGCGUCAACGAAGAAAUAAUGACAGCACAGUCUAUCGAGAAUAUUUGUAAUACAAUCGAUGAUAUAUUUAAAUCCAUCGACAAACUAUCGUCAGCAACCAGCACGGCUAAGAAGGACAAGUUUCCAGAAAGGAUCCAAUGCAGCAUAUCAGCGACUGAAUUCUCAUUUGAUGAUGACACAGAAGAUUAUGACUCGUCACAUUAUAGUGAAAUGGACCGGCACAUUGAUGAAGCAUUUAACAAUUUUGAUUCAGAAGUUGAUGGUAUUGACCAGUCGACUUUGGACUCAGUGACGACGCUCGUUCGGAAAUUUAGUUCCGCUUUGAACGAUACAACAAUACGUUGCAGUCCAAGGAGACAGAGGAAGUGCUGUGAAAAGUUUAGGGAAUUAGCAGAAUUUUGGAGAAAUCGUGCGUUCGAUAGUGAUAAGUGAAUGUGAGGGUAGGUCGACAUUUUUAGUUUUUAACUUAUUAAAUUAAUGUUAUUGAAAGUAUUGUUAUUUUUAGCUUUUCUAUUUUGCAAUAUAUUAUUGUACAUUUAGUACGUAGCUUUGUAAACUAUAGGUUUAUUAAU